GUGGUUGCGUAAAAAACGUGACACUACCGGGCAUGAACCAGAACCAGAACCGUGUCAGCCCUUCAUUUCACGGUACUUAUCAUGGAUUUGACAGUGAACCAGUCUGUUGAGGCGGCGCCCGGUGUUGAGGUGGAAGCGGUCCGGAGUCCUGUGGAAGUGGACACCGCGGUGUUAUUGCUGGGAGCGGGUGUGACUGCUGUCACACACCCGCUGCUCUACGUCAAGCUGCUAAUACAGGUAGGACACGAACCUCUUCCACCAACUUGGGGCACUACUAUGUUUGGAAGAAGAGUUCUAUACUUGCCUGGUUUCUUCUCCUAUGCACACUACAUCGUCAGAGUGGAUGGCAAAAGGGGGCUCUUUCGUGGCCUUUCACCUCGUAUUGUUUCCAGUGUCAUCUCCACUGUGGUCAGAAGCAAAGUGAAACAGGUGGAGAUCCUGUCCCAUAAAGAUGAGCUACAAACUUCACUCAGGAAGGUAGUCAAAGAGACCUCACAUGAGAUGAUCAUUCAGUGCCUAUCCAGAGUGGCCACUCACCCUUUUCAUGUGCUGUCCGUGCGUUGUAUGGCCCAGUUUGUUGGCAGGGAGGUCAAGUACAGCGGGAUGUUCCAUUGUAUUAUCCAGAUUUUUAAGGAGGAAGGACUUGCAGGAUUCUAUGUCGGUCUUGUACCUCAUGUUCUGGGAGAAGUCAUGUUCCUGUGGUGCUGCAACCUGCUUGCUCAUUUCAUUAACACUUAUGCUGUUGACGAAAAUUUCAGCCAAGCCUCUGCGGUCAGGAGCUACACAAAGUUUGUAAUGGGGAUUGCAGUGAGUGUUCUAACAUACCCAUUCAUGUUGGUGGCUGAUCUCAUGGCAGUCAACAACUGUGGUCUGGCUGCAGGUCUUCCUCCUUACUCGCCUGUUUUCAAGUCAUGGCUGCAUUGUUGGAAUCACCUGAGCCAAAAGGGCAACCUGUUCAGAGGAUCUAGCUUCUUUUUCCGUCGGGUUCCUGUGACCUUUGUGGCCACCAUCGAGGACUAACAUCACCAUCAAUUGUGUGGACUGGUCUUCUUCCUCCUGCAAUCUGUCCUGGCUACGCCGAUACAGUGGCAUGAAGGACCCUGCAGAGACUCUGCUCAGAGUGCCUCUGAACUUAUUAGUUCUGUGAGAUUCUGUUCACUUUUGUCAGAAGUUGCUCUUUGUAGAUGUUCAAACAAAGUUCAGAUCUAACCGCGCAGAUCUGAGACUGUGAUUCAAUAUCAGUCUCCAACUGCAGCUACGGAGCAUUCUGAACAUGAUGCAGUCCUCAUUUUAUAAUUUCAGCAGCUGUGUAGGUCCUUAAAGAUGGACCUUUAAGACGGUCCUUACAGGUCAGUGAUCCUAGUCCAAUACAUUUGGGAAAGUCAAUUCCGUAUCUCUUAAAAAUAUGCCAACUGUCCAUUCUGUGUAUAGCUUUUCAGGGUAGGGUGUGGCUUGACCAACAGUCGGUCAAAGGAAUUAGUUACUUUACCUUUAAUGCAUACAUAUCAAAUUGAGAAAUAACCCCAGCCCCAAGUCCAAAAAAAUUGUGACGUGUAAAAUGAAAAUAAAAUGUUUUUAAUGCUUUGUAAAUCUGAUAAAGCCAUAUUUUAUUCACAAUAGAGUAUAGAAAACAUGUCAAGUAUUUAAACUGAGAAUUUGCACGGUUUUAAGGAACUUGAUUUUCACUGUUCAUUAUAUCUUCAAUUGCUUAUCAAAGAGGUAGAUGGGAAAUGAUUACAUGAUGUGAACAUUAUCCUUUUAAUACACACAGAGUCGAGUGGCCAUUGUGUACAGAGUGCCACUAUUUUUUGUAUUCUAAAAACCUGAGCUAAUUUUGGGAAAGUAUGCAUGAUUUCAGUGCAUGGAAGGACAACGUAUUGCUGCGAAAUUCACCAUUAAAACUGCAUGUUAAAGCUGCCUAUGAUGUUUGUCCCCAUGGAAUU